AUGUCCGCCAUAUCUGGAAUCACCGUCUCUCCAGAGCUCGCCUCAACCUUCGCAAAUGCUGUACAAUCGGGCUCGACGCGCUUUAUCAAGAUAUUGAUUCAAAACGAAUCUUUGGUUCAUGAUAUCUCAAUUCCGAUCGACGGUUCGUUCGAACAAGAUUUAAGACUGCUUCAAAGGGAUGCGGUACUGCCAACAGACUCUCCUGCAUAUAUACUUGCCAAAUUAGACGCCCCAUCGUCGGAUUGGAUAUCUAUCUAUUAUGUCCCGGACACUGCCCAAGUCCGUGAAAAGAUGCUUUAUGCCUCUACGCGUUUCUCUCUUCUCAAGUCUUUGGGUUCCUCUCUAUUCACAGAUUCCAUCUUUGCGACAUCCAAAGAAGACCUCACUGAGGAAGCAUACGCUUCUCACCUGCGUCAUGCCGCUGCUCCUAACCCCCUAUCCAAACGCGAGCAGGAAUUAGCCGAUCUGCGCAUGACUGAGAAUCAAACAGCUACAUAUGAAGGCAAUCGGGCGAGGGCUAGUCAUAUUGGAUCAGGGGUGGGGCUCAAUUGGUCCGAAGAGGCGGAAAAUGCUAUCAUGAAUUUAGGCGAAGCAACUGAAAGCCAACUAGUCAUUAUUACGAUCGACCCGAAGACGGAGACUCUUGCACUACACUUCUCUGGAGACAUAGAACCUGAUUCCCUGAACACAUUAAUCCCUUCAUCUGAGCCAUGUUAUGCUUUGUUUUGUUGGUCAAUUUCUGCUCAGGAUGAUAGACGAUUAUUAGUCUUUAUUUAUUCCUGCCCGUCUCAGUCACCCGUCAAAAAUCGAAUGAUUUACUCUUCUGGGUCUGCGUCAACAUUCGAAGCUGCAAAGGGCAUUCUGACUUCGCUUUCUCCUUCCACCACCAUUGCUUCUCGGAAGAUCGAAACCUCAGAUCCUACAGAGUUGACUCUGGCUUAUAUCAAAGAAGAACUUGGAUUGUCUCAGGUUGAACAACCUCCGCAGUCCAAAAUCCAAACAUCUAAGGGCUUUGCCAAACCCAGAGGGCCUCCCAGGCGGCGAUAA